UCCGACCAUCUCAAAGAACGCAUCGCGUAUUCGCGUCCUCCUCGGCUCCUCCAGAAUGUUCCCCUCCACCUGCGCCACCGCGCCCCGCUUCCUCCGCCCCUUCACGGCCACCGCGCCCCGCCGCGGCAUGGCGGCGUGCGCGGCCGCCCCGUCCGACCCUCCCCCGCCGCCGUCCCCGGCCCCGGCCCCCAAGGCGGUGCGCGUGGUGGUGAAGGGCCGCGUGCAGGGGGUCUUCUUCCGGGACUGGACUGUGGAGACAGCGCGCGCGCUGGGGCUCGCCGGCUGGGUCCGCAACCGCCGCGACGGCACCGUGGAGGCGCUCCUCUCCGGGGACCCGGACAAGGUCGACGAGAUGGUGGCCCGGCGGAUCCCCGUGGGCCCGCCAGCCGCCGCCGUCACCGCCGUCGUGCCCUCCCCCGCCGACCCGGUCGACCCCGCCGAGGGGUUCCGCCGCAAGCCCACCGCCUGAUUGGCGCGGCGCCUGGUUCGUCCGCCGUUUGGUGUCGAUGACAACUGCGGAUUCUGUAAUCGUGUGCUUUGUCGGUCACAAACUCGGUUGAAAAAAAAAAUGGUCGAAUGCAUAAUGCUAGUUCUAGUUGUAUCGACAGGUUUUUGAAUUUAAAGUUUUGAUAUUUGGAUGUGUGACCUUCACGACUGUAUCAGCACUUGCUCGUGUAAGAUUUGGGAUACGACCAGAAUUGUGUGAAUGGUGAUUGCUUGGUGCA